CAUUCGUAACGUCAGCGCGAGUGGUCGUCGCGGCCACGCGCCCAUUUAAACGCGUUGUUAGUAAACUGUUGACAAUUUUAAUAUCAAUUGUGUGUGCUAGUUUGUGUUUCGUUGGAUUGCUCAACGUUCUAUAUGCAGCGAUGAAACCAAAGCAUUGAACAGUAUUACAGUGAUUUGAACAAGUGACCUGUGAUCUAAGUGAAAUGUGUCGGAACAGCAGUGGACUGAGAUAGUGAAGAUGUCAGUGAGGUGACUAUAGACAAUAGCCAUUCGGCUUUAGUGUUAGUUUAACGAAAACAUUCCACUGUUAAAAAUUUUAAACCAGGGCCCGGUGGACAAAAGCAAGGAUAACUGCAAAAUGACCAAGGGCCCUCGGAAAGUGAAACUAGUCAUUGUAGUCAACAAUAAGAAAGACCCGCCUACAUUCAAAACAUUAACGCCGACAUCGCGCACGCAGCUCAAGCAACAGUUGAUGCGAGAGCAUGCGCAGGAGCAACUACGCAGAGAAUCAUUACAGGCGCAGCAAGCAGGUCAAUCAAAGGAUGAUGGAGAGGAGAAGAAGAAGUCAAGCCCAACGGAGGUGCCGAGGAUCACGCCACACGUGGAAUUGCCGCCACAGGUGUUGCAGGUGCGGACAGUUCUGGAGAACCCCACCAGGUAUCACGUGAUCCAGAAACAGAAAAGUCAGGUGCGACAAUAUCUCAGUGAAUCGUUCACACCACAAGGACAGGUAUCUUCAAUUGGUCGAAGUGCCCCCGUCCAGUCCGCCCCAGAAAUGGGCAGACGAGCAAACUCUCCAGACAGAGCCUCAUCCAGUGGACUCAUGAGUCCAGGGAUGUGCUCUGGGGGUGGUAACUCUGAGGCAGACGAAUUCCUAGAAGACAUCUUAUCUUUAGAUGGUGGAGGUGGACCCCUCUCAUCAUCAGAGCCAGCCUCCACAGCCAGCUCUGUGGCCGGUGAUUGUGGCUUACUUUCUGAUGCAGACAUGCACGCCUUGGCCAAGGACAGACAGAAGAAGGAUAAUCAUAAUAUGAUCGAACGCCGCCGUCGAUUCAACAUCAAUGACCGUAUCAAAGAGUUAGGGACACUUCUACCCAAAAAUAAUGACCCAUUCUACGACGUGAUCAGGGACGUGAGACCGAAUAAGGGCACGAUACUAAAGAGCAGUGUGGACUACAUUAAAUGCCUGCGGGAUGAAGUGAAUCGAUUGAAACAGAGCGAGCAAAGGCGGAAACAAAUUGAACUGCACAACCGGAAGUUAAUGUUGAGAAUACAGGAAUUAGAGAGAUUAGCAAAAAUGCACGGUCUGCCCAUCUCCAGCGAUGGCUGGUCGUCACCUCAUGCUGAAGAUUCUGGAGUUGAUACAGCGCAUUCGGAACCAUUCGCAUCACCUGCUAGAACACCCCUUCACAACAUAUCACAACAGAGCCUGAUAAGCCAGGGCUGGUCGUCACCCCACUCCACUGACUCCGGGGUCAAAUCGACCCCCGAACCUUAUGCCUCCCCACAAAGAGUUCAAGCGGAUAUAAUGGUCCCUAAAACGGAGCCAGCACCCCUCAUGGAGCUAAGCGAACCCCCUCCGGACCUUUUAAGGGAUACGCCCGCCGAACCACUUUCCGCGCUCGAUGCUUUAGAUGGUCUAAAACUGGGUUCGUGCUCUCCACUAAGUCGAUCUGAUGGUCUGUCUUUAGACUGUCUGGAACCUGAUUUAUGCCUUGAACCCGUGACGGACCAUCUCUUCAACCACAAGGAUAUUAAGAUGCGUCUAUCACCACCACCGAGUUUGUUAAGCGGCGAAGAAAGCGAAGCGGUGUUGAAUCUUGCGCAGAUCGAAGAUCUUAUGGAUGAUGACUCACACAAUCCAGUCACCACGGGCGAUCCCAUGCUCUGCUCGUCUCCGACGUCUCAACUUGGAUUAAGUGCAGCCGUAGCUGAUGCAGCUGACCGAGCCAUGUUGCACAUAGACCUCUCGCACCAUCACAGUGAUUCUUCCCUACUCGGCGAGUCCUCCCUGGGUGGCGUGGGAUUAGGAGAUAGCUCUCUCCCACUCCUUUUGGGACAUCACCACGCGCCACACCAUUCCAACUCCCACGCCCAUCACUGCUUUGACAUGGAUCUAAGUGCGUAAACUAUAAGCGUGCCUUAAUUGCCUUUUGGGAGGAAUGGCCUUUACUAGACAGAUAACGGCCUUUUAGAGGCGAAGAAUGGCCUUUAUUAAAACUUUAAUGACUGUGCAACGGCCUUUUAAAUUUUAAAAGUGUGUUUUAUAGAAAUCUAUUAUAUUUACGCUCAUUGUGAUUUUUGUGCCUUCAUACGAAAAAUUUAAGUAUUUUCAACAUUCACAAAUGUAAUUUAAGACAAUAAAGAUUUAUCUUACUUAUAAAAACAUUUAAACAUAGCUUAUAAAGCUCAUUUAGUGAAUUCGAUACAACAUAUAUGAUUAUAUGUACAACAUAUCCUUAUUAAAAAAUACUAAAUCAGUUUCAACGGUAGUCUAUAAUAAUUUUAAUUUUAUUUAUUAUAGACCUCUCUUUUAACACCGUACAAAUACAAUGUGAAAGAAAGAUAUGAAUAUGUGUUGAACUGAUUUAGGUUUCAUAAGGGAGUUUAAGUAUUUUUAUAAGAGAGAUUUUAGAAUUUUGAAAUUUUAUCUCAAAUUUGUUAUUUUUGACAAUUUACAUAUUAAACAAAAUGUUGGGAUCAAAUCCCUAAUAAAAGCUAUUGGGAUAAAAUUCCAUUUAUUGAUACCAGGUGCAAUAUUGAACUUUAUUUGGUCGUUUUAAAUAAUCCGAAUAUUAUUUUUGUAUGGAUAUUAUAUAUGUAUAUUUUUCUAUACUUUAUACAAUUUGUACAUAGUUUAAUGUGCUCAACGUAAAGAUGCCUUGAUCGAGGUGAUGAACAAGCUCUGAAGUUAUCACAAAGACGUUAUCUAUCGUGUUUGCCAUUGAAGAGUUACCAGCGUUAUUAUAGUUAAUUUUUAACUUGUUUGUACGGAAAAAUAUUUACGAGGGUAGAUGUUUUUAUCAAAAUAAUUUUUGUCUACCCACACUACUAAUUCACUUUGAUGAACUGAAUACGUAAAAUAAUGUCUCAAGUCGCAAUCUAGUCUUGAGCACUGUCUAAACUGGUAUUCUAUAAGAUUUGAUCCAAGUUUUAGAAUACCGAAAGAUAAUUCAAGGGUCUAUUUAAAUACUCUUCCAGCUGUAAAUCCACUAGAUUUUGACAGGACUACCAUCCGUGAAAUUGUUAUGACGUUUGACAGAUACAAGUGCUACUACGUUCGCAGUUAAACUUGUCUGUGCGUAGAAUAUAUUCAGAUAGUCGAUAUAAAAAUUAAGAAAAAUCAUUUAUCAUAUGAAAUGAUUUUCAGACGGAAAAUAAUAAUUGAAAAUGAGAAUGAUUUCCAAUAAACUUGUUUGAAUACAUUCUGUGCUUCGAUAACUUUUAUUGUAUAUAAAAAAAAAAUCAUAGUCUUUCGGCAUUAUUAGCAAAACUUACUAAUUUGACAGGAAGAGUCCAACAAGUACAAAAUAAUGUGGAUUUUGGGUUGUACUCAAAUCAAAAAUUUGAGUACAGAAUUUAAAUAUUGAUUAAAAUAAUAUUUCAAUGAUAAAGGUGUUUUAACGUGUUUGAUAUUGGUUAAGACUUAUUCUAACAGUUUCUACAACACCUUUAAAUAAUUCUAUAUUGUCUUCGCUAUCACUAAUCCCUUUACAAAAACUUAACCAGUCCUAUUACACGUUUUUAAGUACAUAUUCCUCCCUUUCAAUUCGGUUUACGCUUGGAAGGAUAUCAUGACUAUAGUUAGAACGGUAAUUAUGAUUGCUCAUACAACAUCAGUCCACACCUAUCUAAAGUAAUAAUCUGUCUCUUUCCAUCGCAGGUUAAACACAAUUUGACAGAAAGAGACAGAGUACUUUAGAGUGCAAUUUGACUGAUUAGGAUUUAUGAAUAAGGGGUUAAUGUGAAACGUCGCGAAGUAGCUUCUAUUCCAAGUGACCAAAAGACCUUUGCGAGAAAUCAUUUGUACAGUACUUCGGAUAUUUUGAGUCCUUAGCCUCAGGCUAAAAUCGGCAAUCCCAGAAGUGUCACACUGUCGUAUUUCGUUAGCUUCGCAAAGCCAGAAAUACUUUACGACAGUCGUACUAACGCUGUUAUAACUCGUCACGUGACCUCGUACAAUUUUAUUUCACGUCACGCUUGACCAAAAGCAGUAAUGGCUAAAAGAAAAUAUGGUGCUCUGUUGACGCAUUUGUCUUAUAAAAAUAUUGUUAGUAAAUUGUGAUACAUAUAUUUCUAGAUAAAUAUUUAUCGUCGAUCUUUUAGUUGAUAGCACUGCUACGUUGUUUUUAAGUAUUAAUUUAUUGUUGAAACACUAGUUAAGACCUACACGUUUGUUAAGUUUCUACGUUUUCGAAAAAUUUAUUAGUCAAGACGUCAUACCACCGGACUGUCAACUUCACUGUCACGUUUCAAAGUUUGACAUUGACAGGUCUUGAUAUGAUUAAAUGUAUGAAUUAUGUGUCGCGUUUCACAGCUAGAUAAUGUAAAUAGUAUUAUCGAACAAAAUAUAAAUUGUAUUAAUUAGUUGUUGCAAUAAUUUAAUAGGAAAUUGUUUAUUGUUAUGUCAAAGUGGAAAGAGUAUGUCAGCCUGUAUUCUAUUUAAUUGAGUCGUCAUUAAAUGUCAUGAUUAAGAAAGCAAAAGCGCUUUUCUUUGUAUAAUUACAUUUACUAUAUCUUUCCUAAUACUUAGCAAAAGUAUGUGAAAUAAUUGAUUUUAUAUUUUCUGUACCAGAACUCUUUCCAUUUGUAGUUAUUUUAUAUGCCUUUAUAGUAUUAUAUAGUCUUCCACUGAAGUUUCGUAAUUUUAUAGAUAAGUUGUUUAAAAGUUUUCUUUCGAUUCGAAACGCACAAACUCAAUGUAUGAAUGUAAUGUGAGAUUAUAAAAAAUGUUGAAGUACAAAAAAUAAAUCAGGAUUUACCAAUAUAA